AUGGGACUGGAAAGGCUGCCUCUGACUUCGGUCCUUGGCCCGCUACUGUCUGGAUCUGGCCACUGGACCGGAAGUGCAUUAUGGGUUAAGGUCCAUUCUUGUCUGUCCCCCUACCUUGCAGUGCUGCUCCUGUCUGAAACACCUCUUUUAGCUGAGGAAGCUUUAGCCUCCACUCCAGGCAGCCCUCUCUCAUCCACUGAAUAUGAACGUUUCUUCGCCCUGCUGACCCCAACCUGGAAGGCAGAGACCACCUGCCGCCUCCGUGCAACCCACGGCUGCCGGAACCCCACUCUCGUUCAGCUGGAUCAAUAUGAAAACCACGGAUUGGUACCAGAUGGUGCUGUCUGCUCUGACCUACCCUAUGCUUCCUGGUUUGAGUCUUUCUGCCAGUUUGCUCAGUAUCGUUGCUCCAACCAUGUCUACUAUGCCAAGAGGGUCCGGUGCUCCCAGCCAGUCUCCAUCCUUUCCCCCAACACUCUAAAGGAGGUGGAGUCCUCAGCAGAAGUUCCUCUCACUUCCGUGACCACCCCCAUUGUAUCCCGUGCCACAGCCACGGAACACCAGGCCUUCCAGCCUUGGCCCGAGCGGCUCAACAACAAUGUGGAGGAGCUGCUCCAGUCGUCCCUGUCCCUGGGCGGCAAGGAGCAACAGAGUAGUCGGAAGCUAAGCCUGGAGCAGCACAAGCAGGAGCAGAUCCAAGAACACAAGCUAGAAGAAGCGCAGGAGCAGGAGGAGCAAGAGGAAGAGGAAGAGGAGGAAGAGGCAAAGCAGGAAGAGGGGCAGGGGACAGAGGAGGGUCUGGAUUCAGUGUCCAGACUGCAGUCAGACUCGGAGCCCAAGUUUCAGUCCAAGUCACUGUCUUCCAACCCUUCCUUCUUCACUCCCCGGGUCCGAGAGGUGGAGUCCGCUCCAUUGAUGAUGGAGAACAUCCAGGAGCUCAUCCGGUCCGCCCAAGAAAUGGACGAAAUGAACGAACUGUACGAUGACUCCUGGAGAAGCCAAAGCACUGGCAGCCUCCAGCAGCUGCCCCACACGGAGACCCUGAUGGUGCUAUGCUAUUCCAUUAUGGAGAAUACCUGCACCAUGACUCCCACAGCCAAGGCCUGGAGCUACAUGGAGGAGGAGAUCCUUGGCUUCGGGGAUUCGGUCUGUGACAAUCUUGGACGGAGACACACAGCUGCCUGUCCCCUCUGUGCAUUCUGCUCCCUGAAGCUGGAGCAGUGCCACAGCGAAGCCAGCGUGCUGCGCCAGCACUGCGACGCCUCCCACAAGAUCCCCUUCAUCAGCCCCCUGCUCUCAGCUCAGAGCAUAUCCACCGGCAACCAGGCGAAGAUACCAGAAAAAGGUCGCUUUGCUGGGCUGGAAAUGUACGGAGGGCUCAGCUCUGAGUUCUGGUGUAACCGGCUCGCCUUGAAGGGCUGUGAAGAUGACCGGGUCGCCAACUGGCUCAAGGCAGAGUUCCUUAGCUUCCAAGAUGGGGAUCUCCCCACGAAGAUUUGUGACACAAACUACGUCCAGUACCCAAACUACUGUUCCUUCAAAAGCCAACAGUGCCUGUUGAAAAACCAGAACAGAAAGAUGUCCCGCAUGAAGUGCAUGCUGAACGAGAAGUACAGCGUGCUGAGCCCGGCUAAAGGCGAGGAGGUUAUACUCCGGUGGAGCCAAGAGUUUAACACUUUGACUCUAGGCCAGUUUGGAUGAGCUGAGGUCUGUGCUGUCCCCACCCCAGCCCAGCCUUUCCACAUUCUCCAUCGCUCUCAGACUACAUCUGUCAGUUGGCUUCCAGGUGCCCCUCAGGGGCCUCCCACCUGGCCCCUACUUGCAUUUUCUUUGGGUUGGGAGAACAGUCCCAGAGAGGUGCAUGAUGGGAACUCCGCACGCCUUGAAGAAUACCUUCAAAUAAAAUGUUUGUCUUCA